CAUUAGGGUAAACUCAGGACAGGACAGUGACCCUGCAGGAACUGGAUACCCAUGGCGGUCUUCUUAUGAGGGCGCUUGUUUCUCGUGUUGCUGGGAUUCAGCUUUGGAUGUGUUGGCCUGAUUCUGACAUCUUUUUACAUGUCAGUUUGGAUGGAUUAUUAUGUCAAUAAACUGAAAAGGUCGCAGACAUGUACGCGCUGACGUCAGAAAGGUUGGGAACCAGAGCUUUAAAUGAAAACGUCCCCAUCCGAUAAAUGGUUGAAGACAUACACGUGCUCCGAUAGAGUGUGGCAGAGAGAAGACAAUUACAAAGUCGACAUUAUUUACUAUGAUAUACUGUUUCUGUUCAAGCUGUUGUCUAUCAUUAUGUCGUUAUUGGGGACACGUGAACGAGUUCCGCUGAAUUAUGGGUUACGCAUCGAAGCGAUCUGUGUGGCGCUGUUGUAAUGAUGUGCGCUAGAUGGCAGCACUCUCUUCCCGCGCCCUCAGCUCCACGCGGAACUGCGCACGAGAGAGAACACAAGCGUCCCAUAAUCCAUUGCAGCCCGUGAGAAUUGCCAGUCAUCUUCAGCGUACGUUUUGGUCGGCGUGAAUUCGGGUGGUCCAUCAACUUCUUAUUUACAUGCGUGAUUUUGGCGUUAGGAGAUCGAGCUCUAGCAUCUGAGCGGCAACAUGAAAGAAGUGACGGCAAAGAGACGCGAGAAACCCCGCGCGGAGAAAGAGAAGAGCGGCGCGGAGCCGCAGGAUGUGGAGAUGAACGAGGACGAGCAGCGAGCGCCCAGAGAACAAGACCAGCUCACGCUAGACGAUAUCAAGGAGCACGUGAAGCAGAUCGAGAAAGCCGUGCAGGGGAAGGAGCCGCGUUUCGUUCUGCGCGCCCUGCGAGCGUUGCCCUCCACCAGCCGCCGCCUCAAUCCCAAUGUCUUGCACAAGGCCGUGUCUGGAUUCUUCACGUCCAACGCUGCCAGCAAAGAGUUCCUGCUCAGCUUCCUGGAGGAGCCAGCGGAGAAUGAAGGCGACGUGCAGUUCAGGCCUCGCACCGGAAAAGCUGCCGCGACGCCGCUCAUCCCGGAGGUGGAGGCCUAUCUUCAGCUGCUGAUGGUGGUCUACCUCACCAACAACAAACGCUACACUGAGGCCCAGAAAGUCUCUGAUGAUCUGCUACAGAAGAUUGGCUCUCAGAACCGUCGUGCUUUGGACUUAGUGGCCGCCAAGUGUUAUUACUACCAUUCCCGCGUCUACGAGUUCCUAAACCAGCUGGACGUGGUCCGCAGUUUCCUGCACACGCGCUUGAGGACGGCCACGUUACGCCAUGAUGCUGACGGCCAGGCCACGCUGCUCAACCUGCUGCUGCGGAACUAUUUGCAGUACAAUUUAUACGACCAGGCUGAGAAACUGGUGUCCAAAUCCGUGUUCCCCGAGCUGGCCAAUAACAAUGAGUGGGCUCGCUAUCUGUACUACACAGGACGGAUCAAGGCCAUCCAGCUGGAGUAUUCAGAAGCGAGGAGGACUCUCACGAACGCCCUGCGUAAAGCGCCUCAGCACACGGCCGUGGGCUUCAAACAGACUGUCCAUAAGCUGCUGAUCGUGGUGGAGCUGCUGCUGGGUGAGAUUCCAGACCGUCUGCAGUUCCGUCAGCCGUCUCUCAAGAGGUCUCUCAUGCCCUACUUCCUGCUGACCCAGGCGGUGAGAACUGGAAAUCUUGCCAAAUUUAACCAGGCAUUGGAUCAGUUUGGUGAGAAGUUUCAGACAGACGGCACCUACACGCUGAUCAUCCGUCUGCGACACAACGUCAUCAAAACCGGGGUGAGGAUGAUCAGCCUGUCGUACUCGCGCAUCUCUCUGGCUGACAUCGCGCAGAAGCUGCAGUUGGACAGUCCUGAAGAUGCAGAGUUCAUCGUGGCCAAGGCGAUCCGUGACGGCGUGAUCGAGGCCAGUAUAAACCACGAGAAAGGUUACGUUCAGUCUAAAGAGACCAUGGACAUUUACAGCACUCGAGAGCCUCAGCUCGCCUUCCACCAGCGCAUCUCCUUCUGUCUGGAUAUCCACAACAUGUCUGUCAAGGCGAUGAGAUUUCCACCAAAGGCGUACAACAAGGAUCUCGAGUCUGCUGAGGAGAGAAGAGAGCGAGAGCAGCAGGAUCUGGAGUUUGCUAAAGAGAUGGCGGAAGAUGAUGAUGAUAGUUUCCCAUGAGUCUCCCAUCUUUUUUUUUUUUUUCUUUCUCCUUGUAUGUUUUUCUUGAAUGUUUGUUUCGGUCUGUAUUCUUUGGAAAUUGCCAUCUGUUCUUCACAGGUGCUUCAUCUUUGCUCUUAUUAUAAUCCAUAAACAUGCUGUGUGAUCUAACAUUAUAAACAUCAGAAGGUCACCACUUUUGUUGUUUUUGCUUUUUUUCACCAAUGCAUGCAUCAGUUUUAUACACUCAUAGAAAUGUGGUUUGCUGCAAAAAAACUCAAAUAAAUAUAAUAGUGUCUUCUAA